GAGCAAAAGAAGAGGGCGGGAUGACGACGGCUGCGCGUCCGACGUGGGCGCCGGCGAAGGGAGGGAACGAGCAGGGCGACACCCAGAUCUUCGGACCCUCGCAGAAGUACUCCUCCCGUGACCUUGCCUCCCACACCACCCUCAAGACCAGGAAAGAGGGACAAGAUACGCAGGAUGAGUUGCAGAAGAGGGACUUCCGGGAGGAGCUAGAAGAGCGUGAGCGAAGGCAUUUUUCCUCCAAGGACAAGUCCUAUACUGAAGAUAGAGACCGAAGAAAAGGGCAUCUUCUCUUGGAGGGAACAAGGAGAGAGGCUGAAGAUAGGAUUGUUCCAAGGAAUAUUGAUGCUGACGACUCUGAUGUAGAUGUCAAUGACGAUGAAGACAGUGACAGGUAGAUUGAAACAUAUCUGAUCUGAUUUGAA